AAUCAUCCUCCACUUUCAUGGCGGCUCUAAUCGUCUUUCUCAUUCUCUCUCUUUGCCCACAACCUUUCUCCCCUUCAUCACCCUCUUACCGCUUUGCCUUGCCAUCGUUUUCGCGAUGGACUCGGCCCUGGCACCAGUCUUCGCCGCGGUUCUAGGCUUCUUCUUGGUGUCUUUACUCUUCGUUGUUGUUUUUCACCUCUGCAAAUCCAAGAAACCACCCAACCACUGCCGCCAGAAAAGUUCAAUCACCCCAACCCGCCCAGCCAUGAACCCUCCGGAUCUCACCUCCGUCUCGGUAUACGACAGCGCCAGCUUUGACCUGUCUCUCCACCAGACCUCCAUGCCCGAGCUGGCCGCCGUUACCAAGAACUUCUCCUCGGAUCUCAUAAUUGGUGACGGCAGCUUCGGACUAGUCUACAAGGCCACUCUCUCCAACGGCGUCACCGUCGCCAUCAAGAAACUCGAUCGAGAUGCCUUCCAGGGCCUCCAUGAAUUCCGGGCCGAAAUGGAAACGCUCGGGAAGCUUCGACACCCGAACAUAGUGAAGAUUCUCGGUUACUGUUCGACAGGCCAUGAUCGGAUUCUUAUCUACGAGUUUCUCGAAAAAGGAAGUGUGUACCAAUGGCUGCACGACACGUCAUCACUGGAGGGGCGCCGACGAGCGGAUUGCUGAUCGCCGUUACCCUGGGAGACGAAGAUUAAGGUCGUUAGAGGAAUAGCUAAUGUUCUGGCUUAUUUGCAUGGGCUGGACACACCCAUUAUCCACGGAGAUAUCAGGGCCAGCAAUGUUUUACUGAACUCAGAUUUUGAGGCCCACCUUUCUGACUUUGGGCUCGCAAGGCUGGUCGAGGCCCAUUCCCACGUCUCAACCGUCGCCGGGACAAUGGGCUACAUGCCACCGGAGUACCGGGAAGGGAACACGGCAGUCACGGUGGUGGCGGAUGUGUACAGUUUCGGGAUUUUGAUGAUCGAAAUUGCCACGCAAAGGCUGUCCAAGUGGCCAGUGACAUUCGACGGGGAGGAGGUAGGGUUGGUUGAGUGGGCUAGAAAAAUGGCGGAGCAAAAUCGGGAAAUGGAAAUGUUGGGAGUAAAUGUUUCCAAUGAAGGAUUGGUGUUGGAUGAUGUGAAGGAGUACUUUAGAAUUGCCAGACUGUGUACCAGUGAGGUCACAAGAGGAAGGCCUGGAAUGAGUCAGGUUGUUAAAAUGUUGGAUGGUGUUUCUACGUGAGUAUGAAGAUUCUACCUCUUUAAUCAUCUUUUAAAACUCAUAUUGUACUAACCAUUACUGAGGCUGUAGAGAUUUUUAGCUAAUGAGAAUUUCCUCCAGGUGUUUCAGUGUCAUUUAUGUAAACAUUAUGAAUUUAUUAAUUAUAUUUGCAUAAUUAUAUAGACUAGUCUUCCAAUUCCAAAAAAAGGGAUGUACAUUU